AUGGGCAAGUUCAUGCUCUUCCUGCUGCUGGGGGCUUUUUCCCUUGUGUUCUUUCAAGCUGAAGCAAGAAUAUGCGUGGCCUGCAAAAUGUUUAUUAAUGGCAGAUGUGUAGAUGGUGAGGGCAAAUGUACCAUGGAGGAAGGUGGCUCAUGCGCAAUCAGGGAUAUCUAUGUUUUCAAACCAAGAGGUGGAUUUUUCUACAACCACACCGUACUGGAGUGCUCUAAACCAUGUAAGGCUUCAAAAGAGAGUUAUUUUCACCUGAAAAUUUCAAGCUUUUGUUGCCGAAGUCAAGAUUUUUGUAAUAGUUAUAAAAGAAAGAUAUCGAACAAGUAUGCUAACUGA